AUGUAUCCUCAGGGCAGUGAGGUGUCCCCGUACGGGUCGUUGUGGGACGCCCCUCCAGCCUCUGUGCCGUAUCCAGAAAUCCUGGCCUUCCCACCAGCCGACCUGGUUUGGUCGGCGGCAGGAUGUGGACGGAGCAGUGCCAGGUCCACCCCCGGAAAGAAACCGCGGCGUCGCGUGGCCUCCGUCGCUCAACGACGAGCAGCGAACAUCCGUGAACGAAGACGAAUGUUCAACCUUAACGAGGCAUUCGAUAAAUUGAGACGAAAAGUGCCAACAUUCGCAUACGAGAAGCGUCUUUCGCGCAUUGAAACACUUCGUCUGGCGAUCACGUACAUCAGCUUCAUGUGUGAACUGCUGCAUGGUUCACCACAGCCACAUCAUGCGUCACUGCACUCCCGACAUGUCUUCGACACUGAUGUUCCGUGGUGUGCUUAA